UUUUAUACACUAUUGCUUUCACUUCUCAUUUCUACCUGGUGAUACCUGGAGACUCACACUGCGAGGACGAGGACGAGGACGAGCAGAUCAAGGAGUGUAACAUAAUGGCUAAUACAACCGUGGUGCUGAUUCCCCAAACUAAUGCCAGUGUUAGCCAAGCAGGCCAGGGGGCCCUUGGUGCUGUUACCCUACCACCAGGGACGUUUCAAUACAUACAAUAUGUAAGCCAGCAGGUUCCAAGCCCCAACAAUCAACCUCAAGCAGGGUGGAUGAAGAAACUUGUCAAAAUGGAGGCCAAGACUCUGGGGGCCAUCCAGAUCUUAAUUGGUUUGAUACACAUUGGCUUUGGAAGUGUCUCGGCUGUUCUUUGUACCUGGUUAUUGACUCUUGCUACUGUUGGAGGUUACCCAUUCUGGGGUGGACUGUUUUUCAUUAUUUCUGGAUCCCUGUCGGUGUCAGCUGAGAAACAUGCAACUCGCUGUCUGGUGCGAUGCAGCGUAGGAAUGAAUAUCACAAGUGCUGUAAUGGCAUUAGUUGGCAUCAUUCUGUAUUUGGUAGAGCUGUCUGUAGGUCCUUUUUCUUUUCGUUCAUAUGAUUACGAAUAUUAUUGGGCAAAGGGUUUAAGUACUGGUUUUGCCGUUGUUUUCCUCUUGUUCAGCAGUCUGGAGUUCUCCAUCGCUGUCUCAUUAGCACAUUUGGGGUGCAAGUUAAGUUGCUGUUCCGAUGACCCGGCAAUGGUUUAUGUUCCCUACACUGUUGAUGCGGCUCCCGCUGAAGGCAAUUGUGUUCCUCCUCCUCCUCCUCCAGCUACUGCUCCCCCUCCAGCUUACAGUACUGUGGAUUCUUUUCCCAAGAAUGAGUGAAGAAUCCAAGGGAGAAGUUGUAUUUGGGAGAUGCUGCUAAAGGAGUAAAAUUAACACUCAUUUGCUUUUCUGACUUUUUUGGCACAUGUAUCCAUUUUUAAUAAAAUUUUACUAGAAUUUAGAAAGAUAUAUUUUUGGAAAAAAAAUCAAAAAUCUUUUAAAAAUAUCUUUAAAAAAAAUCAAAACUAAAAUGUUGAUGAAAGCACAAACCCAAAGGAAAAGAAGAGCGGGAAAGGGGGGGGGGAAGAGGAAUAGAAAAGGGAUUAAAAGAGAAAAAAUAAAGUUAAGAAAAUGAAGAACUUCUGAUUCUUAAUCUAUCAGCUAUAUAUCAGCUCAUCCACUCCAAUAUAACACCCGUCAAAACUACCUUCUAUAAACCAACAUUAUAUUCAGUUCUCAAACCCAAAUGUCAUUUAUUCAUUUUCUUUUUCAUGCAAAAAUUCUAUAAGAGAUUUCCAGUUGUUAGUAUAUGUUAACAAUGACUUUUCUCUGAUUAAACAUGUCAAUUUUGCACUCUCAA